CGGCAGGAGGUCGUCCGUCAAAAACAAAGGCACGCUACACAUACAUACAUAGUGUUCCUUACUGUUUGUUACUUAGGGUAGGCUCCAUUUAAUGCUCGCAAGCGUCGUUUCGCUUGGAUAUUAAACAACAGACAGAACGAUGCCCGUUGCGAGCUUUGUAAGUGGAACUUACUUAUAGUUCGAUGAAAACGAGUGGUUAGAGAAUCAGUGAAAGUUAGGUUAGCUAAGACCACGUGACCUUUGGAUAAACAGCGCAUGCACACCAUAAAAUAAUCGAGUCGCGGGGUCGCAUCCGACCCCAACCUUACCGUUGGAGGGUUAACUCUAUUCGCGUUGAAUUGGAAUUUAAUUUAUCCACCUUCUAGAGAGAAAAUUUGAAAAGAUGGCAUCCGAAGACGCGAAUCGUCAUACAAUAGUAGCCUCGUCGGAAGAAAGUGGGCAACCUGUUACCAGUACCUUGCAACAGGAUGGUAAUGGCAGAGAUCAAAAUGCAACUACCAGGCAGCAUAAUCCAGGAAAUCGACAAAAUAAUCUACAGAGGAUACAGCAACGCAAGCAACAAAUGUUCAAUUUGCCUCGGAUGAAAAAACUACUGAAGCUUGCAACUUAUAGCGCUUGUCAAGUGGAAGAGUGCAAGUGCACUAGCUGGAAAAAUGCUCAACCAUUCGCAAAACCGCAAAAGGGCGAGACACAGCAGCCUGUGAUUAACUUCUUUGAUCCGUGUAAGAUGUGUAGUCAUACUCUCGAAAGCCAUAUUACGCAUCUAACUUCUCAGCCCGAAGAAGAAAUCAACAGAUUGCUGGGAAUGGCUAUUGAUGCUGACAAUAUAUUUAUGAGUAUACACAGAGAAGAAGAUAUUGACACUAAGAAAGUAUAUUAUUAUUUAUACAAAUUAUUAAGGAAAUGUAUUAUGUCUAUGACAAAACCAGUUGUGGAAGGUCCGUUGGGACAACCGCCGUUUGAAAGACCUAGCAUAGCAAAAGCCGUGAUGAAUUUCGUCUUGCAUAAAUUUAGCCAUUUGUCACCGAGAGAAUGGCAAGGUAUGUGUGACAUGGCGAAAAUGUUUUUGCACUGCCUGAAUCACUGGAACUUCGAAGCGCCCAGUGCUAGACGAACGACAGUCAAUACGGAAGAAGCUCCGGCUUACAAAGUUAAUUAUACCCGUUGGCUUGUCUUCUGCCAUGUGCCUGCAUUUUGCGACUCCCUGACUCAUCACGAUACUCCGCUAGCCUUUGGAAAGACUCUGCUGCAAGCCGUAUUUAGGCCAGUAUGCAGACAAUUAAUGGACAAAUGCCACAGCGAAAGAGAUAAAAUAGCACCAGAGAAGAGACUUUUGGUUUUGACGCAUUUCCCGAAGUUCCUCUCAAUGUUGGACGAAGAGAUUUAUUCCGAUAACUCGCCCAUUUGGAAUCCUGAUUUUAAACAAGCACCACCUUCUCAUCUGCAAGCUGCCUUGGAAUCAAAGGGCCACCAAGCGAGGAAGGCGGGAGAAUUUGAGAAAGUUACAGUAAUACCGAAUGAAAAAGAUAACUUUACAACGAUAAAUAUCUGUCCUGGAAUGAAAAAACUUCAGGAGAAGCGUCUCAACGCGGAAGGACGACCCGACGCGAAGAAGCGGAAAAUCGAUGAUAAUUUUGAAGAUCUGCCGGACGAUACCAUCGCUGAGAUUGUGGCAUCUAUCAACGAUACCGAUUACAUGUCUGGUUCCGAUGCGGUAUUCCCGCCAAACGUUCCACGAGACGAAACCGCCAAAAUGGAAGAGAGUAAAAAGAUCAUAGAGUUUCACGUAGUUGGAAACAGCCUUACGCGACCGGUGUCUAAGCAGACUAUGCUCUGGCUGAUAGGGUUGCAGGAUGUGUUCAGUCAUCAAUUACCUAAAACACCCAAAGAGUAUAUAACGCAGCUCGUGUUUGAUCCCAAGCAUAAGACGCUAGCCUUGAUAAAGGAUGGUCGACCGAUCGGUGGUAUUUGUUUCUGUAUGUUUCCGAGCCAGGGUUUCACGGAGAUAGUGUUUUGCGCGGUGACGAGUCACGAGCAAGUAAAAGGCUAUGGGACACAUUUAAUGAAUAUGCUGAAGGAUUAUCAUAUCAAGAACAAUAUAUUGCAUUUUCUCACGUUUGCGGACGAUUUCGCUAUCGGAUACUUUAGAAAACAAGGAUUUAGCAACGACAUUAAGCUGCCGAAGUCGGUUUACAACGGAUAUAUCAAGUACUAUGUGAGCGCGAUGUUGAUGCAUUGCGAGCUGAACGCGAGGAUCGUGUACACCGAAUUCACGGCGGUCAUCAGGAAGCAAAAGGAAAUCGUGAAGAAGCUGAUUCACCAGAAGCAGCAGGAAAUACCGAAGGUGCAUCCUGGAUUGACGUGUUUCAAGGAGGGCGUGAGAGGUAUUCCCAUCGAAUCUAUCCCAGGGAUUCAUGAGACCGGAUGGAAGAGUUCCUCUCAAACUAGAACACGAGGUGUGACGAAAGGGAUGCAGGGUUCAGAAACAUUGGACCCGAGCCUGGAGACGGCGGAUUCUCUCUAUAACUCCUUGCACGGUGUUCUCAACGGUGUCAAGAAGCACAGCGCGGCUUGGCCCUUUCUGAAACCUGUGGACAAGAACGAUGUUCCAGAUUACUAUGAUCAUAUAAAGUAUCCUAUGGAUCUCAAGACCAUGUACGAUCGCCUGAACACGAAAUACUAUGUAACCAAGAAACUAUUUAUAGCGGACAUGAUGCGGAUCUUUACAAACUGUAGAUUGUACAAUAGUCCUGGCACUGAGUAUUACCGCUGUGCCAAUGCCUUGGAGAAAUGCUUUCAAAAGCGGAUGAAGGAGGCCGGUCUCUGGGAUAAGUAGAACUUUCUUAAUGAUAAUCGACACUUCCUAAUUUAUUCUCACUACUCCAACUAUUUUAUAAAGAACAUAUUCGUACAUACCGACAUAAUACUGCUUUUUGUGCAGUAUUUGUACAAAGAUGAGACGAUGAUUGGCUGCGCGGAAGUGCACGUCGGAAUCAUUAAAAUCGAGCGAAAGAAUAAUUUUCCCUUUUAGACAGACUGUUAAGUCCCUCUUGGUCGAAAGUUUUUUUUUUUUUUUUUUAUACACUAAUUUUUCAAGAUUGCUGUAGUUGACAAUUGUGCGAUCAUGUUUUUUUUUUCUUCCCCCUCCCCCCCCCC